AUGAGACCGCAAACUGCUUGGCGGUCCCUUGGCCUCCUGAAACGCAAUACUGCAUGCCAGUACUCGCUCAUUGGCCGCCGAGCCAUCCAAACGGCCAGUUCUCGGCCAGUUCCGAACUUUGCAUUUGCAUUUGAUAUUGAUGGUGUUCUUCUGCGAUCUUCCAAGCCCAUCCCAGGUGCCGCCGACUCACUGGCACUGCUGAAGGAGCAAGGAAUUCCCUUCAUCUUGCUCACCAACGGCGGCGGCAAACACGAGACGGAGCGCGUUGCGGAAAUCAGUGAAAAACUUCAAGUUCCUUUGGAUGCAACCGAUAUUGUACAGAGCCACUCUCCCUUUGCAGAGUUGGUCAAAGGACCAGACGAGGCAAGCGCGCUGGAGCACAAGUGUGUUCUGGUGGCCGGUGGUGACGGUGACAACUGUCGACGUGUAGCAGAGCGAUACGGAUUCAAAAAUGUCAUCACGCCAGGAGAUAUACUUAUGGCGAAUCCUGCAAUUUCGCCGUUCUCCAAGAACUUCGGUGACUACUACAAGACUUUCGCACGCCCACUCCCAAAGCCAAUUGAUCCAACUGAUCUGGCAAAGAGUUUGAAAAUCGACGCUGUCUUUGUCUUCAAUGACCCUCGAGACUGGGCCUUGGACACUCAGGUCAUAAUGGAUAUCCUUCUUUCAUCGCAGGGCCGUAUGGGCACUUUGUCCGAAAAGAAUGGCCGGACAGACCUUCCCAAUCACGGUUACCAACAGGAUGGUCAGCCCCAUCUCUAUUUCUCUAACCCAGAUUUGUGGUGGGCCGCUGCUUACCCCUUGCCCCGCCUCGGUCAAGGUGGUUUCCGUGAGGCUCUCGAAGGUGUCUGGGCUGCGACUACCGGAGGUCCUAGCAAGGGCAUCGAGUUGAAGAAGACUGUGAUCGGAAAGCCUUAUCAGCCUACAUACGAAUUUGCGGAACAUCAAUUACUUCGAAACCGGCUGAAGACAUUCGGCAACUCUGCAAAUCUUCCUCCUCUGGAAAGAGUCUACAUGGUUGGAGAUAACCCCGAGUCAGACAUUCGGGGUGCCAACUCCUAUCGCAGCGGCUUUGGCAGCAACUGGCAAUCAAUCCUUGUUCGGACUGGAGUGUACAGCGGUGGUGAUCCUGCAUAUACCCCUCACACAAUUGCAGACAAUGUGCAUAAGGGUGUUCAAUGGGCGCUGAAAAGCUCUAAAUGGCCUUCUUCUUGA